CCCAACAAGAAGCAGCGACCGCUCCCCUCCUCCAACUCCAACAUUCGCCGCCGCCGCCACCGCCGCCUCGUCGCCGUUGUCCUCCCUUGGCAACCCCCAAACCGUAGGCUAAGCCCUUUUUAGAGCUUUCACCCACCUUCGACGGCACAGCCAUGAACUCCGGCGCGACUGCCGCCGUGGCGCAGAACCGACGCACGCGCAGCCGUCCGCCGUCGGCGGCCUCCUCCCGCAAGUCGGAUGAUCCCUCCGCCGCUUCCGCCAACGGAAACGGGAAGGCCCCCUCCAAGCCCGCCUCUCCCAACCACGUCGCAGGGGAGAGGACGGUCAAGAAGCUGCGGCUGUCGAAGGCGCUGACGAUCCCGGAGGGGACGACGGUGUCAGAGGCGUGCCGGCGGAUGGCGGCCAGGCGGGUCGACGCCGUGCUGCUCACCGACGUCAACGGCCUCCUCUCCGGCAUUGUCACCGACAAGGACAUAGCCACAAGGGUUAUUGCCGAGGGGCUGCGGGUUGAGCAAACAAUCAUAUCCAAGAUCAUGACACGCAGCCCUCAUUAUGUCACAGCUGACACACUUGCUAUCGAGGCACUACAGAAAAUGGUCCAAGGGAAAUUUAGACACCUUCCUGUGGUUGAUAAUGGUGAGGUUACUGCCAUGCUGGACAUUGCAAAAUGCCUCUAUGAUGCAAUAUCAAGACUGGAGAAGGCAGCAGAACAAGGAAAUGCACUUGCAGCUGCUGUAGAAGGGGUUGAACGCCAAUUAGGUAGCAACUUCUCAGCUCCUUCCACUUUAAUAGAAACUAUAAGAGAACGGAUGUUUAAACCUUCUUUGUCAACCAUUAUCACGGAAAGCACAAAAGUAGCGAUUGUUUCUCCUUCAGAUCCUGUUUAUGUAGCAGCCCAAAAAAUGCGUGAACUACGCGUUAAUUCAGUGGUUAUAACUACCGGAAAUUUGCUGCAAGGGAUCUUUACCUCAAAGGAUGUGCUUAUGCGUGUUGUGGCACAAAAUAUUUCUCCCGAAUUAACUCUAGUAGAAAAGGUAAUGACUGCACACCCUGAUUGUGCUACAUUGGACACGUCAAUUCUGGACGCAUUACAUAUAAUGCAUGAUGGCAAAUUCUUGCAUAUUCCUGUUGUUGAUGGAGAUGGUAGAGUUGUUGCUUGUUUGGAUGUUCUGCAACUUACCCAGGCAGCCAUUUCUAUGGCUGAAGGAGGUUCUGGAGCUGCAAAUGAUGUAGCAAACACAAUGAUGCAGAAGUUCUGGGACUCUGCUCUUGCUUUGGAGCCAGAUGAGGAAUUUGAUAGCCAGAGUGAAAUAUCCUUAGUGAUGCCGUCAGAGGUCGGAGAUGGCAGGAGUAGCAUUUAUCCUGCUGUUGUUGGCAAUUCUUUUGCCUUCAAGCUUCAGGACAAGAAGGGACGUAUGCAUAGAUUUACAUGCGGUUCUGAGAGUUUAGACGAGCUUAUGUCUUCUAUAACACAAAGAUUAGGCGCUGGUGGUGAAAAGGGCCCAAUUCAACUUUUGUAUGACGAUGAUGAAGGCGAUAGGGUUCUGCUUACUACAGAUUCUGAUCUUGCUGGUGCUGUUCUCAAUGCCAAAUCAUCCGGAUUGAAGGUCCUGAGGUUGCACAUUGACGACUCGGAUUCCAGUUCUGAAGUUAAAAAGCAAUUGCCGGAGCUGGUGCCUCCCCAAAAAAGUCAGUUGACGCCUGCUCAUUACGGGCUAAUGGCCGGCGCUAUUGCCCUGACAGGCGUCGUGCUCGUGGUUUACUUGAAGCGCUCAAAAGUGUGAGUUCUGGGAGGCACACUUAACUCCAAUCCUUACCUCUGUGACUAACGUCUCUCAGAAGACUCGAACGCCUCGGAGCUUCAGCUGGCCAAGGAUGAAGAACUGAACCCCCUCACAAAAGACAAAGAAAAAGAAAAAGGAAAAGAAUGAAGAACUGAAGAUCAUGGGCUAUACACCAGAUGCACCGAAGUCCAGAAAGUAAUCAUCUGACCAUCUCAAUUUUUUGCAUAAAUGAGUUUAGUUAUACCGGGAAGGAAGCACGAAACUAUUGAGUUUAGUUAUACAGGGAAGGAAGCACGGAACUAUGAUAUACAUUUUCAGUUCAUUUUAGUUCCAUGAAUGGGGUGAAACAUGUUCUCUACCACAAAUCCGGUGAGGGGUUAUUUCCCAAACAAUCACUGGAUCUGACGUACUGUUUACAUAUUUUCUGAGAUGAGGUGGAUAUAUUUAUGUCCAGUGUGGCUGAUUACUGAGUAUGGUCUUAUACAUGUUCAACAAGUUAGGUCGUGGGAGGCAACCAUUGUCAGAUUGUGGAGGAUGACCGGGAUGGUAUACAUAAUGUGUAAUGUUGGGUAUUACGUAUACCAUUGUGCUUAUCCUCCACAAUUUAUUGUGCAAGAUCACACAAGAAGGUCAUCACCUCCCACAGUGUCUCAGGAUCUCCACGAACAAUAGCUCAAAGAGCUCAGAGAUAAUCUUCACAAUAUCCACCCAUUGAGGAAAUAUAUCUUUGACAAGGUAUUACCCUAUUGUAUAAUUGUGUCCAUUAAUGGUGUAGUCGCACUCUGGAGCAUGCCCAUCAGUCUUUUAAGCAGUGGAGAUUGUGGAAGCAUAUUGACGUCGUUUUGAGAUCAUUGCAUGUCAAAUCCACAAGUUAUGUAAUGCCACAACUUUCAGUAUGAUAGUUGGUCCUUUGGUAUGACCUUUGUAUUGCCCGUGCAAUCCUAACAGGCAAUUCUUUCAUUGUCAAUGCAUGUAAUUGACGGAACCUAGCAUACCGGAAAAGCCUGUUGCUUCUCCAAGUGCCAAAGUCUUGGUUGUGUGCUCAA